AUGCAACAGGGGGCCCCCCAUCUUUCCCAAAGGGGGGCCCUGGGGCCCCAGAGGGGCCCCCAGGGGACCCACAGGGGGUCCAGAGUCCCCGUUCGAGUUGAGACGUUCGUGGAAAAGGAGAGCAAUGCGGAGGCGACAUUAUGCCAGUCCAGCUGCCACACCAUUCUGUCCUGCACGGAGUUCGGGCUGAGAGACAAAGCCAUAGUGCAGGCGGUCAUUAAGGGUUUAGUGGAGGCAGCGCCUCAGGCUGCUCUCGCCUCCAGUUUCUUUUCAACUGCGAAGCGGCAAAAGAGGUUUAAAG